GCCAUUGCCAAAUAAACAAAGCCAAAAUUCCACCAUAACCCAUUUUCCAUUUUCAAUCAUUCAUAGCACAAAGCCCGCAUUUCAGAAUUUCAGACAAAUCACAGAUAUAGAGAGAGAGAGAGAGAGAGAGAGAGAGAGAGAGAGAGAGAGAGAGAGAGAGAAGAGAGGCUGGCUGCAACUGCUGCUCUGUUUUCUCUUUCUUUGUGGUCCGUUUAUGGCGAUCUCAAUCCAACCCAACCAUCAAUGAUAGCAUUAAAUAUCACUGAUCAUUAUAAAGGCAGAACUUUGAAGCAUUUCAUGACAUGGGUCAUCAUCUUCACCUCCACAACACCAGCGAUGGCGUCUCUCAGCGAGUCAACAGCCCGAGGUUUUCGGGCCCAAUGACUCGCCGAGCUCACUCGUUCAAGCGCAACCCCAACACCAGCGCCAACAAUGGCAGCUCACAUGGCAAUAGUAACAGUAAUAACAGCAGCGGCAAUGUUGGAUUUGGUAGUGGAGAGUACGAAAUUGACCUCCCGCUGAACUCGCCCAGAUCUGAAAUUGGUGGGAACUCGGUUCCGGGUGAUGGGUUUGACUCGGUUUUGGAAAGGAAGCAGACCCACCAUGUGAGCCAGAGAGUUGCUGUGAGGGGCUUUCUGAGGAAGCCUAUUGGAUCUGUGGUGGUGGACUUGGGCUUGAGGGAGAAGAAGCAGCUUGGCCAUUGGAUGUUCUUUGCCUUUUGUGGGGUGUGCUUGUUUCUUGGUAUUCUAAAGAUUUGUGCUACUGGGUGGUUUGGAUCUGCUAUUGAAAGUUCUAGGUCCAAUCAGGAUGGUUCUGACCCCAUCACUCUUAUGAAUCGGAUGGAUCAAAGCUCUCAUGAUUAUGGACAUAGGGAUGGAGGAAGUGAUGUUGAACGAACUCUAAUGAUGGCGUCUGGUGUGAACCGUGUGGUUGGUGAAGAGAACAGCGUUGAAUACACAGGUAUCUGGUCCCGACCCAACAGUGAGAAUUUCAGUCAGUGCAUUGAAUUGCCCAAAAUUCACAAAAAGCUAGAUGCAAAGACCAACGGUUACCUUCUUAUAAAUGCCAACGGCGGCUUGAAUCAGAUGAGAUUUGGGAUUUGUGAUAUGGUUGCUGUUGCUAAGAUUAUGAAGGCAACACUUGUCCUACCUUCACUCGAUCACACCUCCUACUGGGCUGAUGACAGUGGUUUUAAAGAUCUGUUUGAUUGGCAACACUUCAUUGAGACGCUGAAGGAUGAUAUCCACAUAGUUGAGACAUUACCCCCUGCCUAUGCUGGAAUUGAGCCUUUCAACAAAACACCAAUAUCUUGGUCUAAGGCUAGUUAUUAUAAGUCAGAGGUCCUCUCACUGUUGAAGCAGCACAAAGUUAUCUAUUUCACUCAUACUGAUUCUCGGAUUUCCAACAAUGGCAUCCCAAGUUCCAUUCAAAGGCUUAGGUGUCGCGUGAAUUACAGGGCAUUGAAAUAUUCAGCUCCAAUAGAAGAGCUUGGAAAAACCUUAGUUUCUAGAAUGCGGCAGAAUGGAGGCCCUUAUCUUGCUCUCCAUUUGAGGUAUGAGAAGGAUAUGCUUGCAUUUACGGGCUGCAGUCAUAGUUUGACAGCAGAAGAGGAUGAUGAACUACGGAGAAUGCGCUAUGAAGUCAGUCACUGGAAGGAGAAAGAGAUUAAUGGGACAGAGAGAAGGUUGCUUGGGGGAUGCCCAUUGACCCCUAGGGAGACUUCACUUCUGCUCAGGGGGCUGGGUUUCCCAUCCAGCACCAGGAUUUACUUGGUAGCUGGUGAAGCUUAUGGGAAUGGAAGUAUGCAAGAUCUUGAGGAUGACUUCCCCCACAUCUUCUCCCAUUCCACUCUCGCGACAGAAGAAGAGCUGAGUCCAUACAAGAAUCAUCAGAACAUGUUGGCUGGCAUAGACUAUGUUGUUGCUUUACAGAGUGAUGUUUUUCUUUAUACAUAUGAUGGAAACAUGGCAAAAGCUGUGCAAGGUCAUAGGCGCUUUGAGAACUUUAAGAAGACCAUCAAUCCAGACAGGAUGAAUUUUGUAAAACUUGUUGAUGAGUUUGAUGAAGGAAAAAUCUCUUGGAAGAAAUUUAGUUCGAAAGUGAAAAGGCUUCACAUAGACAGAGUUGGAGCUCCAUAUUUGAGGGAGCCAGGAGAGCUUCCGAAGUUGGAGGAAAGCUUUUAUGCAAAUCCUUAUCCAGGCUGUAUUUGUGACUCAAGAUGGAAAAAGUAGAGGCCAGCUAACAGGUUUUGCAUUAUUUCAUGGUGUGAGAUCAGAGCAUGCAAAGACAUCAAGGUGUGUGUUGCCAUUAUUUCGGACAAAUUGGUAAUCAUAAAUUUCAAAUUUCAAAGAGAAUUGGUAGGUUGGUUGGCAAGUGUACGUGCUGUGCUCACCAGGGUGAAAAAAAUCCCUGGAGCAGUGUGGAACCGAGACGAGAAGUUGUUGCAGCCUAGUCAGAGGGUGAACACAGAAGUCAGGUGUCCAUUACCACUACUGGAAAGUAAAGAUCGAUGCAACAAAACACAUAGAGAAACCUCCUUAUCACUGUACCACAACCGUUAAAGAACACUGGUGUUUUCUUUUGCUAUUAAUUUUCCUUUUUUCGUUCAAAACCUUUUUUUUUAAGGAGGGACGUGGGGUGUUGGGGUUUAAUGUAUCAUGAAGUUCGAAAAAUCGAUAGGAAUACAAGGGAUGAUACUGAAUGGAAUGUGCAGUAGUACAAAAAUAUAAUUCAAAGAAUAUCAACUUUCUUACCAGCUUCUUUUCCUUA